AUGCGCCCCUGUACCGCCUCCUCAUGCUGCUGCCAGGUCCAGAGUGUGUCAUGGGCCCCCGUACCGACUCCUCAUGCUGCUGCCAGGCCCGUAAAUCUGUCAUGGGCCCCUGUACCGCCUCCCCAUGCUGCUGCCAGGUCCAGAGUGUGUCAUGGGUCCCUGUACGGCCUCCCAUUGCUGCUGCCAGGCCCGUAAUCUGCCAUGGGCCCCUGUACCGACUCCUCAUGCUGCUGCCAGGCCCAGUGUGUCAUGGGUCCCUGUACGGCCUCCCAUUGCUGCUGUCUCUAUCGCCACACACUCUGCCAUGUGCCACUUUCAGGUCU